AUGUCGGAUCGGCAAAUUCAACUGAAUGGAGCGAAUUCCCUGGUGAUCGAUAAAUAUUUAUUGGAUUUGGCAUCAUAUGGAAAGAAUGAACAAUUUGUUCUGCAUUUUGGAUCGGAACUCGUGGAGAUUCGAUCUGACUGCCUCGUCUUCACUGGCACACUCCAUUUUGGACUCGGUCACCCCCCAUUGAAGAAGAUCCGACGUCGUCAAAGUCGUGCUCAUGUUGUCCUCAAAAAGAACAAACCAGCAGCAGCAGAAUUCGAGAACCGUCUUAGCACCAUGAUUUCUCAACUGCUUUGGGGUGCAAUCGAAGAAUUGGAUGAUGUUCAAUCGGAUUCUCGAAACCGGACACAAUUAAACCGAAGCAAAUGA